AGUAGGUGUCUCUGCGCAACUCCGCGAGCCGCGAGAUCGGCGCGCACGGUCAUCGUCGUGCUCGACGUCACAUAACUGCGCAAUCGUGCUUCUCGCGCGGUCCUUCCGCUCCCUCCCCCCCCCCGACCGAUGGGUCACACGCGCGUGCCUUGACAGUCGCGUCUGUUUGGCGGGAAACGGCGAGGCGUGUGUGCUCCUCGUGCGCUUAUUUACUCGGUGUCAGAGUCGACUCUCUCUCUAGUUCGCUCAGUCAGUGGUGAUUCCCCCCACCGCGAAACGGCAUAUUGCUGCGGGCCGUGUGCAAUAGCGGUUUUUCUAUAGAAUUUCCUCACGCCACGGAUCACGGACUGCGUUAUCGCGAAUCUCUGUUGUGCGUGGCCAGUGUCUCGUUGUGCGUCAACAGAAAGUGAGAGAAAGAGAGAGAGAGAGAGAGAGAGAGAAAAGCGGAGGAGACUCUAGAGAGAUCGGCUCACAGACGAUCUGCGCGGGUGAAUGGUGGACCACGAAUUCGCGCGGGAUACAUCGCAACACGCUCUCUCGUGAGAUCGUUCACGCGCAAGUGCGAGUUCGCUCGUGCGACGUUGCCGGCUCUUUACGGACGAGACGACGACGACGUCGCCGUCGUUGAGGUUACGCCAAGGGAAGAAUCGUCGUCUCGCGAGAGGAUAUUGACAGUGGUGCGGACGUGGGUAACCCUCGACGUCUUCGCGGGAGGAGGAGGAGGAGGAGGAGGAGCAGCCUUCGUGGUGUGGCCUUGACGGCGAGCGGGAUCGACGAGGCGGAGUUUGUUUUCGCCGCCGCGCGAUCUCUGUCUGGCACAUAGUAACCGCGUGUCCCCUCUCUGUGUUGCCAAGCGCGGCUGCUGUUUGUGCGCGGUGCGCGGUGCACGCUCGUAGCAGCGGCGCUUCCCCGGACGGAAAUCGUCCUCGUCAGCGAGUCACGUUGCCGUCGCCGUCGGCGUCGGCGAGUACGGUGCGUGGCACGCGAACGCGAAGCGGUGCCUCGGUCGACAACGCUCGGAGGAGGCGGCGGUAGCAGCAGCAGAAGCAGCGCGGCCAUUAUUCGAAAUUCGGUGAGUCGCGCCACGGAUCGCGGCGUUGCCACGUUCUCAGCGGUGCGUAUAGCCGCGGAUUAUUUCAACAACGUCUCGACGCGAUUCCUGGAAGGAGACGUCGUCAUCGUCGUCGACGACUCUGCGUCACGGCCGACGGUGGAAGAAGCGGCGAAGCUCGCGGUGCGUGUAACAACUCGUCGUUAUUGCGGUGAAAAAGAGCAAGAGAGCGAGCGAGCGAGCGCAAGGACGGGAAAAGAAGAAAGGAAGAAGAGACGCACGGUGUGCGUGUGUUGUGUUAUCUUUCUCUUUCUCUCGGUGUUUUUUUUCCCCACUGGUUUCCGUGGCGCGAAACGUAUCUCCGCCUUGUGCGUAGUGGUGGAACGCGGCGGCAAUAGAACGCCGAGAGACGAAAUAUGAGCGCACGAGUGCUGAACCCGGCGAUGAUGACGGAAAUAAGCAGGAACCUUGGAGGAGGAGGAGGAGGAGGAGGCGGCGGUGGCGGUGGCGGCGGCGGCAGCAGCAGCAGCAGCGGCGGCGGACGCGCGGUACCGAGCAGGGCUGCGCUCGCCCGCGUGCGGCGCGAUCUUUUUGGGCCAGUGGAUCACGCGGCGGCGCGGGCCCUCGCCGAGCGUGAGAUGAAGGCACAAUCGUUGCUCGACGCCGACCGAUGGGGUUUCAACUUCAAGGCAGGCGCGCCGAAGACCGACGGCAACUCUCGCUGGGAAUGGCAGCCGUUAACGGAGCACGAUGUCGUGCCAGAGCCCUACGCCCUGCGCGGCAUGCCCUACCUGAGGAAACACGCGCCUGGGACGCCUCCGCGCAAGUUGCGCUUCGAGGACGCCGCCGAUGCCUCGACGUCCCUCUCGACGACGACGGCUACGAUGACGGCUACGGUCAUGACGAUGGCGGCGAGCACGAGGAUUACCGGAGACGAGGAUCAAACGACCACCACCGUCGAGACCCCGACGGCCGAGAGAACGCCGCCGCAGGAGCCCCGGGUGCCCGAGAUCGGCCAGAUAACGAUGCCCGAUCGCGGACUCUCGGACGCGGAUGCCAAGAGGAAGAGGUGCACGAUAGAGCCGACCACUCCCGUCCUACCCCCUACCGCGAGAAAACAGGCUUCGAUCACCGACUACAUGAAGAGUCGUAAACGCGGCCUGAACGGUACCACAAAGAGCAUGAUAGAGCCGCCGGAGAAGAUCGCUCGCAACGCGGGUCAGAUACGCAGCUAAAAGUCUUCAGCUUCCUCACUCGAACUUCACCUCGUCUUCGUUCACCUCGUUCGUAACGCAACGUGAGACAGUGCCGGAAGUGGGAAACUGCGCACUGUCGUGUGGAGUAACGGGGCGAGAGGACAGGGACUCGAACAGGAGGCGCGAGGUCCGCGUUGGCUGUGCCAUUCAUAUUAGUUUUAUUCGCCAUGAGCGCAGGCGAACAGACGGAAAUGGGUGAAUAAAAAAUAUAAAAAAAGAAAGAAAAAAGUUUACGACAAACGUUCUCCAUCACGUAUAUACUUCGUCUGUCAUAUCUCUUUGUAAUAACCGCGAGGAUUAUGAAAAUAGCAACAAUCAAGAAAAGGGGCGCGAGGGACACAGAAGGAUAAGAUAGAGAGAGGUGCUUGGUGGGAAGAGAAAGAGAAAAAGAGAAUAUGACUUGUCGCUAUUUUUUUAAUAAUAUGUGUCACAUUUUUCUCUGUAUUAGAAUAUAAAGAAUACGUAAUAUUAAGGAGAAUAUAAAAAUUAGAUUGUAGAUAGAGAGUAAUAUGAUUUGUGUCCAAAUUAAUUAAUGUAAUAUAUUCAUUGUUUGUUUCUGAAACGUUCGUAGAAAAAUCUUUAAACGAUGUCGUUACACAAACGUGUUAUGAAAGAGGGAGAGAGAAGCUAAGAAAUACAUGCAAGUUUAUAUAGGCUAUUCUCAUAGGGAUUAGUUGAUUAGAUUCUAAGCUAUAAAACAGAGUAUAUCGCGCGUAUUCACAUUGGAUCUAUUUGGAAGGGGAUGUUCGAGCUGGUCCAUGGAAUUUCGGUACUCGCGAUUGCCGCAUUCGAACCCGGUGAUGAAAUUCUUUCGCUGAACUUGUGGAGAUAAUAAAAUUUUAUUUGAAAACAAUCUUGCACGAAGAAAUUUUUCUCUUAUUCGAGAAAAAUUUACUUUCAAAAUUAUGGUAAUCAUCGAAUAACGUAAACUUGAAAGAACUUUUUAUUAAAAAUUUUGGUCUACUAAAAUUUAACUAAAUUUCAAUAAAAUUUGACUAAAAGUGUAACAAAAUUUUUCAAAAGUUUAUGUUGUCCCACAGCUAUCAUGAUUUUGAAAAUAAUUUUAAUUCUCUCUGCACUGAGAAAAAAAAUUGUUGAUUUGACUAAAUUUUUUAAUUGAUUAAAUUUCUUCAAUUCAAGUAUUUAUCCGUUUCAGUCAAUAUAAAUGAAUUGAAGUUUAAGUAUUUUACGUAUUUAAAUUAAAUGCAUAAAUACUUAAACUGAAGAAAUUUUAUCGAGUUGAAAAACUUAAUCAAAUUAACAUCUUUUUCUCAACGUGUGCAUAUCGCGCUAGGUUUGACGCUACGUCUUUGAAACGUGUGCGAUAUUGAAAGAACUUGGAAUUUCCAAAUUCCAAAAAUUUCAGGAGUCUGUUCGGAAUUGUUCAAAGAAACGCGGACACAUGAUUUAGAAGAAAAUAAAAAUACGAACAGUAAAAGUGCAAAAGAGCGAUUGCGAUUCCAGAAUGCGUGGCCAGAAUGUGACCAGCUUUAAGGAAGAAGAGAUAUAUGAGCUUUAGCUGUAGUUCGUUACCCAAGUUUAAGCAUUGAUCUCCUGUACGAUUUUAAUGAAGUACAGCCGAUGCCAAAUCACCCCGUGAUUUUUUCUUUUCUAUCUGUUAAAUACAGAAAAAUGAAUUCGUCACAUCUCUUUUCUCCCUUCUCCCUUCUCUCUUUUCCCCUUCUUCAUCCCAUAUCGCAUUUGUUUCCGGUAGAUAAUGGGAGAGGCAUGUAAUUGUCGUAAAGUCACAGCUUUUGUGGAAAAACAUGGUUUGGUUUCCUCUAUUAUCUCGAGCCUUAUUUUUUUAUGUUGUGAAUUAAAAGAUAUAGAACUUUUUUUAAUUUUCAAUAUCUUUACGUGACUUUCGAUUAAAUUAAAUUCCUUACUUUUGCCACGAUAUUCUCUUGGAUAAUAUUUUUCAGCCAUGCACAAUAUUUCCGAAUUUCAUUUUUAUUUAGACAAAUGUACUAAUUUACAUAAAAAUUUUUUGACUUCUAUUUUUGAUUAUAAACGUAAAGCUAGUAUAAAAAUUUUUUUAAUGUAAUUUAAGCUAAUCUUGAAAAAAAAAACAUUACUGAAGAGUUUUGAUAUAAUACUUCCAUCAAGAAUGGAAGUUGGGAUAAUCAUUAUUUUAUUAAUCAUGAUUUAUCUCAAAAGAAAACGAUUUUUCAUCGAUAAUAUGUAAAUUUAAAAAAAGAAGAGAAAUUGUAUGCAACCGGGAACUUCAUCUAUCUAACAAGAGGUAAUUAAUAGCUCGCAAAUUUUUAUUUUCGUAAUUGUCAAUUACGAAAAGAAGCGUUUUCUUUGACAGGCAUCAUCGAGACCAACAGUUAAGCAUUUCACAGUGUGUAGAAGGAUUCCAGUGCAAAUAAUGAAGCGAGCGUUUAUUUCGUUCGCCAACAACGAAUUUACGAAGCGUAAAAUAUUAGCGUAAUUGUAUAUUAAUUGAGUUUUAUAAUGGUAGCUGUUUAUCAUAUCUGACUUUUUUGUUUGUUAACACCCCAUUAACGCGAUCCUCGUCGAAUAUCCUAUCUCGUAUCUUGCUCCUCUUGAUACCUUUUUCCUGCUCGCCAUUUCCUUUUUGAGAUUAUAACUCAAAAAUACGACUGGUGGUUACAAGCUAUUUUUUUCAAAGUCCGUAACAUCGAGCAUGUGGGAGAGAAGCGUCGAAAAAAAUAGCAAACGCUAAAUCAAAUUUGAACAUACGCAUUGAUUGUUAUAAUUUCCAUUUUCUUUCGCGCGAAACAGAAGGUCUAAAGUUUCACAAAGUUCACGAAAUAGCAGUUUGAUCUCUCUAUUGAAAUAACUAUCAUUGAGUAUGUUCGCGACAGCUACGGCACCUCACGAUUUCGACAUUAUAUUAGUGCAGCGAGUCGUUAAAAAAAAAAAGCAAGUAAAUUUAUCUGACGAUGUCACUGUGGUGGGAUUAAACAUCCCGACAAGAGAUGGAUAAAAAUAAUAUGAACAUCUAGGAAAUACACCUUUUUAUUGAUAAUAAACUUGUGCAGCAUUUGCCUUCGAUACAGAUUCUGCUCUUGUUGGAAUAAAGUUGUACAUUUACUUGAAUAGUCAAAAAAAUUGUACUAUUUUUUUAGUAUUAUAGAACCUCUUAAUUGAUUAUAUACAAAUGAUCUUGGAGGAAGAAAUUUGCUUCUCCCAUUUUCCAAAGUUACCCUGUUUUUCAAAACUUUUUUGCUCAGUAUAACUGCCUAAUCUAAAUCGUUAGAGUUAGAAAAAUUUUGAAAGGUAAAGUAAAAAACAUUUUCUCCUCCAAUAUAUUUUUGAAAGGUAUAGAGAAAGAAUGACAUAAUAUUGUACUGGUGACUAGACAUUGUACGACCUUAUUCCAAGUAAUAAUAAAAUUUGUAUUAAAGAUAAAAUGAUAGUCUAACCCCAGUACAAGUAAUAUUCGAACGAUAUUCUAGUACAUAUACACAAAAGUCAGCAAUGGUUACAUGGAAGUGAAACUGAAAAGAGUGUUAGAGCCCAAAAGUAGUAGUUUCUUACUCUUUCUUGAAGAUAGGCUAACCGUUUACUAAUAAGAUAAGCAGCAUUUAUUUCUCCAAUAUUCGCAUUAUUAUGUUUAUUCCUUACAUAACAUCUUUCUGAUAAUUUUUAUAAAAAAGCAGAAUUGUGGUAAUAUUUUCGAAUAAAAAUUAUUUUAUGUCUUUUGAAAAAUUAAAUAAAAUGAUCAGAAGGUAUUCCACAGUGUCACCGUCGAAUUAAAAAAAAAAAGACAAAACAGAACUUAAGAAUCUUGGAAUCUCGUAUGAUCUGAGAAAGUCGCGACGCGUGGUGCCUGUCGUGGAUAAAAUUAAAAAAAAAUCAGAAAAAUCUAAUCUUUAUGUAACCCUGUGAUGUAUUAGUAUGAUCUCAGUAAACAUAACUUAGCGUGUACUUCUUAUCUAUAAUAAUUAGAUUAUAUAUGUAUAUGCGAUAGCGCAAGAAAUUGUGACAUUUGAGACACCUUGAAGAUGUCGUAGAGUAUAAAAAUUAGAAAUCACGGAUUAAGUCGACGAUUCCCGAUAUUUGUGUAUGCGUGUGCGUGCGUCUGGUGCGAGAGAGUGUGUAGUGCGUUCUGCAGAGAAUGAAGAAUGAAAGAGAAAAAUACAAUAGAGAGAGGCUAGUGAAUCAUGCCUCACUUUCAGUCGAUACUUCGCGAUAUAAAAUUUAUAUAUGUGUAACGACAAACUAUAUUAUGUAUAAUUAUAUAUAUAUAUAUAUUAUAUGAAAAAGCAACUAUAAGAGAGUCUAAAAAACUAACGAACUAACAUAAGUGAAUUGUGACCCCAAUUGUUUAUUAAAAAAAGAUCUAUAUAUAAAA